GAGCAUGGACAUACUCAGGACUAUAGCACACCACCACCACCACCACCAGCCUGUAAAUAACGGGAAGAUGUGUGAACACAGCAGACCCAGUGAAAGCAGACGAAGAAAAUUAGAGGAUACUUCAUAUGCCACUCAAGAAAUGUCACGCAUCAUCACGGAUUCAGCCACUGGGAAAUGUUACUGUAGAGGAAAAGUUUUAGGCAAGGGCGGUUUUGCAAAGUGCUAUGAAUUUACAGAUCUAAGCACAGGCAAAAUGUAUGCAGCCAAAAUCAUUCCACACACACGCGUUUCCAAACCUCACCAAAGGGAAAAGAUUGAUAGAGAAAUCGAAUUGCACAGAGCCCUGCAUCACAAACACAUUGUUCAGUUCUACCAUCACUUCGAGGACAAAGAAAACAUUUACAUCCUACUUGAAUACUGCAGCAGACGGUCACUAGCGCACAUCCUUAAGGCACGAAAAGUGCUUACAGAACCAGAGGUUCGGUACUACUUAAAACAGAUUGUCUCUGGGCUGAAAUAUCUACAUGAGCAAGAGAUUCUGCACAGAGACCUUAAGCUAGGUAACUUCUUCAUUAAUGAAUUUAUGGAACUGAAGGUUGGAGACUUUGGAUUGGCUGCAAAACUGGAGCCAGUUGAGAACCGUAGAAGAACAAUAUGUGGGACACCAAACUACUUGUCACCCGAAGUCCUCAACAAGCAAGGGCACGGUUGUGAAUCUGAUGUCUGGGCCCUCGGCUGUGUGAUGUAUACCAUGCUUUUGGGAAGACCUCCAUUCGAAACCACAAACCUUAAAGAAACAUACCGAUGUAUAAGAGAAGCGCGAUACUCAACACCAUCAUCUUUGUCACCUCAAGCCAAGCAUCUCAUUAGCAGUAUGUUGGCCAAGAACCCUGUGGAUAGGCCACAAUUGUAUGAUAUUCUUCGCCAUGACUUUUUCUGCCAGGGUUUCACACCAGACAGACUGUCUGCUAACUGUUGUCAUGCAGCCCCAGACAUCCACCACACAAGUCCUGCUAAGAGUUUCUUCAAGAAAGCUGCAGCUACCCUAUUUGGUGGAAAGAAGGACAAAGCAAAGUAUUUGGAGACUCGAAAUAAGCCUGCCAAGGAAGAGGAAGAAAUAAACAUAAACAGACUUUGCCUUGACCUCAGAAAAACAUCAGUUAGUCCUCAACCCUGCAGACAAACCCUUGAGAACAAUAAACCCCCCCUUCCAUCUGCUGGAAAACCAGCUGUCUUGACAAAGGACGCCGGCAGCAAACAGCACAUUAGAGACAGCAUUCGAAUGAUAGUGCGAGGGACUCUUAGGAGCUGCAGUAGCAGCAGCGAAUGUCUUGAGAACUGCACAGUGGGAAGCGUUGCAGACACCGUGGCCAGAGUACUACAAGGCUGUCUGGAGAACAUGUCGGAAGCUAAUAACAUUUCAAAAGAGAGCAUGAACAGCAGCUUCCAGUGGGUGACAAAGUGGGUGGACUAUUCCAACAAGUAUGGCUUUGGCUAUCAGUUGUCAGAUCACACAGUCGGCGUUCUCUUCAACAACGGCACCCACAUGAGCCUGCUGUCGGACAAAAGGACUGUGCAUUACUAUGCAGAGCUGGGACAAUGUUCAGUCUUCUUAACUAGUGAAGCUCCAGAGCAGUUUGUUGGCCAGACCACCAUCUUAAAAUACUUUGCCCACUACAUGGAGGAGAAUCUAAUGGAUGGAGGGGAUUUACCCAAUAUUACAGAUGCAAACAAACCAAGAUUGUACCUUCUUCAAUGGCUCAAAUCUGAUCAAGCAUUGAUGAUGCUCUUCAACGAUGGCACUUUCCAGGUGAACUUUUACCACGAUCACACCAAGAUAAUCCUGUGCAAUCACCGAGAGGAAUACUUGCUAACAUACAUCAAUGAGGAACGCGUGUCCACCACGCUGCGACUCAGCACUCUGCUUGCGUCUGGAUGCUCAGCGGAUCUGCAAAGUCGCAUGGAAUAUGCACUUAACAUGCUGUUGCAGAGAUGUGGAGAUGUAACUGACGCGAAAUCUAGGAUACUUUGAAAAGGCAAGAACGCGGAUCAAGGCUUGACGGGAAGCAUUGACGAUGGGAGGAGAUAUAAUGGACUUUAUGAGUUAUACAAAUGGAACUGGGCUGGAACCAGAGAUGAAAUCAAGACAAAUAUAUUUGAUUUAAAUGUUUAUUUUUUUAUUGCAUAACUCAUGCUAUGUUGAAGCCAAAUGGAGAUCUGACAAAAGAAGGCUUUAGCAAAGCAGGGUGCUUGGAGGUAGCUCCGUUGAGAGCAGAUUUUAGUUAACUGUGAAAACGCCCCUGUUUAAAGACCUGGGCUCCAGAGUGAAAUGACAUGAUGCUGUAGUUUUACGUGGCUAGUUUUUCCUAUUCAUUAGUCUGCAAAAAAAUCCGGCUGCAUUUCACUGUGGGAACACUCGGCCAUGGAAAUAACUUAUUAUGAAACAAAAGUCAGUAUUUAUUUAUUUAAUAAAGACAACCAUAUUAAUAACAAUUAUAUCAGUGUUGAUGCUUGAUGUUUUGAGGCCAAACAUUACUUUAUGUUCAUUAAAACCAUCAUGACCAGUGCUUUGUCCUCUUAUAUGUCAUCACAGAUUCAUCAAGCAAGGUCAGUGGCGAAACCGUAAAUGGUGUUUGUCUUGUCCGGUCUUGAUGGUUUGUAUGAAGAUUAAAGAUAAAUAAUGUUGA